CGUCGAUGCGUCUGUGGCUGGCCCUCCUCGCCGCUCGACCCGGCACGAGGCACAGCUCACAGUCACAGUCACAGGGGAUGAGGAGAUGAGCGAGAGCUGCUAGGAGGAGCGACACCACCCCAUGGCUCCUCCUCAGUGCGCCGUCUCGUCGCCGCCCGCCCCCACCAAUGCCGCCAAUGCCGCCGGCGGAGGCAAGGGCAGGACGCAGCUGGCGGUGGCGCAGGUGAAGAAGCUCUGCAAGCAGGGGCGGCUCGAGCAGGCGCGGCGGCUGCUGCUGGACGCGCUGCCGCGCCCGCCGCCGACGCUGCUCUGCAACGUGCUCCUCAUCGCCUACGUCGCCGCCGCGCUCCCGGACCACGCGCUCCGCCUCUACGCGCUCCUCAACCACGCCGCGCGCCCCGCGCCCCGCUCCGACCACUACACCUACUCGUGCGCGCUCACCGCCUGCGCCCGCUCCCGCCGCCUGCGCCUCGGGAGGUCCGUACACGCGCACCUCCUCCGCCGCGCUCGCUCGCUCCCGGACACCGCCGUCCUCCGCAACUCGCUGCUCAACCUCUACGCCUCCUGCGCGAGGUACCGCCACGGCGGCGUCGACGUCGUCCGCAGGCUGUUCGACGCAAUGCCCAAGAAGAACGUCGUUUCGUGGAACACCCUCUUUGGCUGGUACGUCAAGACGGGGCGUCCCGAUGAAGCCCUGGAGAUGUUCGUGCGCAUGCUGGAGGACGGCGUUAGGCCCACGCCGGUCAGCUUCGUGAACGUCUUCCCGGCGGCGGGGAGCGGCGAUCCCAGCUGGCCAUUCUUGCUCUAUGGUUUGCUGAUAAAGCAUGGGGUGGAGUAUGUCAAUGAUCUCUUUGUUGUCAGCUCGGCGAUCGGCAUGUUCUCUGAGAUUGGCGAUGUGCAGACAGCUCGGAUGGUGUUUGACCGUGCUGCCAAGAAGAACAUUGAGGUUUGGAACACGAUGAUCACUGGGUACGUGCAGAAUGGGCAGUUUUCUGAAGCCAUGGAUCUCUUUAUCCAGAUACUGGGGUCUAAAGAGGUUCCGUCGGAUGUUGUGACUUUCUUGUCAGCCGUCACAGCGGCGUCGCAGUCACAAGAUGUCAGGUUGGGUCAGCAACUGCAUGGCUACUUGAUGAAAGGAAUGCACAGCACACUGCCUGUGAUACUGGGUAAUGCGCUUGUCGUGAUGUACUCGAGAUGCGGCAAUGUUCAGACUGCAUUUGAACUGUUCGAUCGGUUGCCAGAGAAGGACAUUGUUUCCUGGAACACCAUGAUCACUGCUUUUGUGCAAAAUGAUUUUGACUUGGAGGGCCUGUUGCUCGUUUAUCAGAUGCAGAAAUCAGGUUUCAUUCCUGAUACGGUGACAUUGACUGCAGUGCUGUCUGCAGCAUCAAAUACAGGAGACCUUCAGAUUGGUAAACAGUCGCAUGGGUAUCUCAUCAGACAUGGCAUUGAGGGCGAGGGCUUGGAGAGCUAUCUAAUAGACAUGUACUCCAAGUCUGGCCGCAUAGACAUGGCUCAGAGAGUGUUUGAUGGCUAUGGGAAUAACAGAGAUGAAGUCACUUGGAAUGCCAUGAUAGCAGGGUACACGCAGAGUGGCCAGCCUGAACAGGCAGUCUUAGCAUUCCGGGCGAUGAUCGAGGCAGGUGUGGAACCUACUUCAGUGACACUUGCUUCAGUGCUUCCUGCUUGUGACCCCGUUGGAGGGGGUGUAUGUGCAGGGAAGCAGAUACAUUGUUUUGCUCUGCGCCACUCCUUGGAUACCAAUGUCUUUGUAGGCACAGCUCUUGUUGAUAUGUACUCCAAGUGCGGGGAGAUUUCUGCAGCAGAGAAUGUCUUUGGUGGCAUGACUGACAAGAGCACUGUCACCUACACGACAAUGAUCUCUGGUCUUGGCCAGCACGGUUUCGGCGAGAGAGCACUAUCCCUCUUCUACUUGAUGCGAGACAAGGGGUUAAAGCCUGACGCCGUGACCUUCCUGGCAACCAUUUCAGCAUGUAAUUACUCUGGACUCGUCGAUGAAGGUCUUUCUUUGUACAGGUCAAUGGAAACAUUUGGGCUUUUAGCUACCCCUCAGCACCACUGCUGUAUCGUGGACUUGUUGGCUAAAGCCGGGAGGGUGGAUGAAGCAUACGACUUUGUAGAAAGCCUGGCUGAGGAUGGGAACUUCAUCGCCAUCUGGGGAUCGCUUCUGGCAUCCUGCAAAGCGCAAGGCAAGAUGGAGUUGGCAGCAUGGGCGACUGAGAAGGUGCUCAACAUUGAGAAGCAGUAUGGUCAUGCAGGCUACAAUGUUUUGCUGUCGCAGCUAUUUGCUGCUGAAGGUAACUGGAGUAGCGCUGAUAGUCUGAGAAAGGAGAUGAGAUUGAGGGGGGUGAGGAAAGAGGUGGGUUCUAGUUGGAUCAAAGUCCAGACUGCAGCAUUGCAGGACAGAUCUGUGGAGAGGAACCAAAAGCAAAAUUUCCCCGAAAAUGAGCAUGUGUUCUCGAUGCUGGAUGGGGAUGCUUGCAGUACAGACGCAAUCAUUUAACAGUUUAAGUACUUAUGGCACGGAUAGAUUGCAGAUUUGUUGAUACCUGGAGAUUAGCAGGUGUCGAUUAGCUCAUACUGUCACGGAUCGAACUCCUGCUGCCUGCAGUUGUCAUGAUUUGCCUUCUCCCAGAAUACAACUCCUUUGGAGUCUUUGACUGGAUGAAACAUGAAACCCCAGCCUGCAGGCGAGGCCGCCAUGGUGAAAAGGGGAGCAAGUGUGCCGAGACAACAUCGCAUGCUUCCAUCGGAAAUGAAACAAGUUGAGAUCAAUAUAGGCAUCCAUCAGAGAUGAAACAAGAUGUUGAGAUCGAGACCAUGAACCACUGGGUGAAGAACCAGCUGCAGCGUGGACAGCAUUAAUUCUGAGACCUGACAUGUGAGUACGCCACUGUGAAUGAAGUGUACAUCAAAUUUUUGUUCAUACUUGUUGCUACCGAGACGCUGUAAACAUUCAUGUAAAAUGUCAAUUAAAGAAAAGUAUCACAAGGUUAUACUUA